UAAAAAGUUUCAGGGCAUUUGUGAAUUUAUUAUGUUCAUAAUUUUGCAUUGAAAAGGAACAAGAGUUACAAAAACUGUGCGCAUAUAUGGAUACUAAUAGACAUUACAAAAAUCAAUUUGAGGAUUAUUCCAUUUCUGUCAGCCAUAAUAUAAUCAGGAAUGAUACAGUUCAUGAUGUAUUUAAAUCAUUAUUAACAUUAAAAAUUAAGAAAUUUGUAGAAAUAUUAAAAAAAAAUGAAAAAAAAUGGCUCAGUGAGAAUGACUAUUCUAUAUACACAGGACAAGCAGGAAUUGCAUAUGCAUUAUACUAUUAUGGGAAAUAUUAUAAUGAUUCUGUAUAUACCAAUAUGGCAACAGAAAUGUUACAAAGAUGUAUUACAGAAUUCAAAAGCAAACAUAAAAUUACAUUUCUGACUGGAACUGUAGGUCCAUUAGCAAUGGUAGCAGUUAUAUUACACUUUCAACAAAAGAAAGAAGAAGCAGAACAAUUAAUUCUCAGGUAAUUCU